CUAGGUUCCUCUUUUCCAGAGCAGGUCAGCCCAGAUAAAGACUGGGCCUUCUCUCUUCCUCUCGCGGGUCAGCAGGGUUGGCGUAUUCAACAUGACUGUCCAAGUACAGGUCCCUGGGUUGCUACUACUGCUGCUGCUCACGCUACCAGUCACAGGCUCAGACCCAGUGAUCUGCUUCACCCAGUAUGAAGAGUCAACUGGCAAAUGCCAGGGCCUGCUGGGGGGAGGUGUCCGUGCAGAGGACUGCUGUCUCAACACUGCCUAUGCUUUCCAGGAGCAUGGUAGUGGGCUCUGUCAGGCAUGCAGGUUCCCACGAUGGUCACCAUGGUCCUCAUGGGCUCCCUGCUCAGUGACAUGUUCUGAAGGGUCCCAGCUACGACACCGGCGCUGUGUAGGCAGGGGUGGACAGUGCCCUGAGAAGGUGGCUCCUGGAACACUUGAGUGGCAGCUACAGGCCUGUGAGGACCAGCCAUGCUGUCCUGAGAUGGGUGGUUGGUCUGAGUGGGCACCAUGGGGGCCUUGCUCUGUCACCUGCUCCAAAGGAACAAGGACUCGCCAGAGAUUGUGUGACCAUCCUGCCCCCAAGUGUGGGGGACACUGCCCCGGAGAGGCCCGGAAGUCAGAGGCCUGUGAUACUCAGCAGGUGUGCCCCACACAUGGGGCCUGGGCUGCCUGGGGCUCCUGGAGCCCCUGCUCAGGCACCUGCCAUGGUGGAUCCCAAGAACCUAAGGAGACACGAAGCCGCACAUGUUCUGCACCAGAGCCCUCCAAGCAGCCUCCUGGAAAGCCCUGCCCAGGAGCAGCCUAUGAGCACCGGGGCUGCACUGGCCUGCCACCCUGCCCAGUGGCUGGAGGCUGGGGACCAUGGGGCCCUGUGAGCCCCUGUCCUGUGACCUGUGGCCUAGGACAGACCUUGGAACGACGGAAAUGUGAUCACCCUGUGCCCCAGCAUGGGGGCCCCUUCUGUGCUGGUGAUGCUACUCGGACCCACAUCUGCAACACAGCUGUACCCUGCCCUGUGAAUGGGGAGUGGGAAGCCUGGGGAAAAUGGGGCGUCUGCAGCCGCUUACCCAUGCAGCCCAUCAACUGUAAUGAAAUCCCGGGCCAGCAGUACCGCACAAGGGUUUGCAAGGGUCGGAAGUUUGAUGGGAAUCGGUGUGCUGGGAAUUACCAGGAUAUCCGACAUUGCUACAACAUCCAGAACUGCAACUUGAAAGGUUCCUGGUCACAGUGGACUACAUGGGGGCUGUGCACACCUCCAUGUGGACCCAACCCCACCCGCGUCCGCCAGCGCCUCUGCACAGCCUUGCUUCCCAAGUUCGCGCCCACCGUUACCAUGGUCGAAGGUCAGGGUGAGAAGAAUGUGACCUUCUGGGGGAAUCCACGUCCACAAUGUGAAGAGCUGCAGGGGCAGAAGCUGGUGGUGGAGGAAAAACGGCCAUGUCUACACGUGCCUGCCUGCAAAGAUCCUAUGGAGACACCUUGACCCUUCAUGUUUCCAUUCUGACCACCUGUCUUCCCAGACUCCAAUAAAUCAGGCUCUUUUGAG